CAGCUCUCCCACUGAAAUCGAUGGGUCGUCAGAGCCCCAAUUAAUCAAAGCGACAGCGACUGCCACACGGAGAACGAAUCGUGUUGUUGUAAAUCUGUGUACUCAUUGAUUUGUGUUCUUCUCUAGGCGUAGACUAAUAUCGGUGGGACGGAACAAGGAAGAGAUCACUUCAUUCGUAUAGUGCUUCUAAAACAGCUGCGAUGGGUGCCAUUAUUUCAAAAUUUCGGAAAGACCCACUGACGUUGGAACAGCAGCUCGAGGCGUUGGAGAAGCAAAUAUUUCAGAUUCAUGAAUUUAAUGAAGCAACAGAACAUGCUAUGAAAAAAAUCGUUGGUGCCAUGCUAUUUUAUGGAAUAAUGUUAAUCAUCAUUGGAGGUGUUGCAGCCUAUUUUAUAUUUGAUCAUUCGUCGUUCGCAUCUAGUCUCAUCUGUUUUGCUCCGGUUUUCUUCGCCCCUGUUGUCCUUCUAGAGCUGCUGUUGUGUUUGUCAUUGAUAGGCAGCAAACGACUUCUACAAUAUCAUUAUACGUCACGAAUUGAGCGGAAAAAAGAGGAACUAAAUCGGCUCAUCAAAUUAAAGAAAGUGUUAAUCAACAAAGUCAAGGAGACGGAAACGUAUAAGAAGGCGCAGGAGAUUUUGGAGAAGUACGAUCCCGACACUCGAAUGCGAAAAGCACAGGCCGAGCAACAAAGAGCGAUGGCGGCUGUACUUCAGCAAAGCGGUGAGCUAAACGAUCUGAGUGGACCAAAUUUGAUGACUGGAACUAAGCCACGAACGUCAACGUGCACUCAGGACUAUCUGCCUCUUCCUCAAACUAGUGAUAAUGGUAUGGAUAUACGGCGACGCAUGGUGGGAACCCCGAUGAACGCCGUGAAUAUGCAAAAUGUGUCCAUGCUUCAGGGACAUCCUCAACAGCAACCGCAGCAGCAGCAACAACAGCAGCUACAGCAGCCGUUUACGCCGCUGAAACAUGGCCAAUUGCGGAAAACGAUUCAGCCUAUGCCAAGCCAAGUACUGACAGCGAAUCGCAGUCCCUAUGCUCCGCGAACCGUGCGGCCUAUUCUCCCGCAAGAAAGGGGAGCCGUUGAAAAGGUUAUUGAUUAUAUCGUUGGUGAGGGACCCAAUAACAGGUAUGCUUUGAUUUGCAAGAAGUGCUGCAGCCACAACGGUAUGGCGCUUCGGGAAGAGUUCGAGUUUUUGGCGUUCCAGUGUUGUUACUGUUUCCACUUUAACCCUGCGCGUAAACAACGUCCAGGACCUCCUCCCUCGUUGAAUCACCUUUCUGCCGCUAACUCGACCACGUCGCUCAACGACAUCUCGCGAUCCGGCUCGCCGGUUCCUUCGGGUCCUUCGACGAAGGACUCUGAUCAGGAUGGCGAGACCGAAGCCGAAAACGCCGCCAGCUUCACUAGUGCCACGGAUGUACCCCAGGUCGGGGCAGAGGGAGAUGCGCCCACCGGUGCGCGACCCGCACCUGAAGGAGAUGAAAAUGAGCCGACAAUUACGGAUGAUUCGCAGCAAGAGCGCAUCAUACAACAGGAGCCCCAGCUGGCAACGGAUGAUCCUCCAGAGUCAACUUAAUCCAGACGGGUGAUAAUUCUACUCUGUAAUAUAAAGCUUUCAAAAAUCGAAAUAAUGAUUAAGUGACCUCAGCAGCGGUUCGAGCACUAACCGCGUUUUUUUAAUGUGAUGGCUUCUUCAAUCAUCGAUAAUUGACAAUGACAGAAAAAAUAUGCUCCAGUUGAUUAAUACAUAGGUAUUUUUAGAGUGCGUGCGGCAAAACACGUAAACACCUUCGCAUUUAUUAAUAUGUUGCAAUAUCCUUAAUAAUAUAAUAAUAGAAAUUA